AUGGCGGAAUCUAGCAAGGCUAUCAACCCUAUGAAGGAGCUCAAGGUCGACAAGCUCGUCGUCAACAUCUCGGUUGGUGAGUCAGGUGACAGACUGACUCGUGCCACCAAGGUGCUCGAGCAGCUCACCGGUCAGACCCCCGUCACCAGCAAGGCCCGCUACACCCUCCGUGGUUUCGGUAUCCGUCGUAACGAGAAGAUCGCCUGCCACGUUACCAUCCGCGGCCCCAAGGCCGAGGAGAUCAUCGAGCGUGGUCUCAAGGUCAAGGAAUACGAGCUCCGUCGCCGUAACUUCUCCGACACCGGCAACUUCGGUUUCGGUAUCACCGAGCACAUUGACUUGGGCAUCAAGUACGACCCUUCGAUCGGCAUUUUCGGUAUGGACUUCUUCGUCUGCAUGACUCGCGCCGGCGCUCGUGUCGCCCGCCGCAAGCAGCGUGUCGCCCGUGUCGGUGCUCCUCACCGUGUCAAGAAGGAGGAGACCGCCGCUUGGUUCAAGCAGCGAUUCGACGGUAUCAUCAUGCGCUAA